AUGAUCGGGAUCAAAGCUCUCAAAUGCCUGACCGUUUUACGACUUUCUUCCAGGAAAGUAGAGGAGUGGGAGAAUUACCCAUCACAAAUGGGAUUGGAUGAUGCCAAUGGAUUUCCAUCGAUUCCGAGCAGAAUCCCUGACACCAUUGGACACACUAGGCACCAAGAUUUCAAGAACGGUCAGGCGCCGAGAGCUUUGAUCGAGAGAGACAGAACGAAUCCAGCGGGUUCUAUGGGUAAUCGGGGACCUCUGAAUGUGACCAUUGUACAGGUCGGGAAAGGAAACGGGGCUAGUGCAGAUGGCGGAAAUGAUUUACUGAGAUUGGAACCGCCGACGGACUUAAGGCCACCAACUCCGUCACCCUUAUCCGACACCAGUGCCACGCUGCAGUCCGACAAUAAUGACGCCUUUAGCGGAGGUGUCGAUCCAAGAUUGCUGUUGGGUACCGGCGGCGAUCGUAACACGUGGGAGGGCCGUUAUCACGUUAAGGAGCAUCGGCGUGCUGGAAAAGCGACCUUCCAGGGUCAAGUUUACAACUUCCUGGAGCGACCCACCGGCUGGAAGUGCUUCCUCUAUCACUUCUCUGUGUGA